GGGGUCCCGGGGGGGAGGGGGAGCCUCGAAGCCCCCCGCCGAGGCCUCCGCCACUGGGCCUCCCCUCCCCCCCGGGCGGACGCCAUGCCGGGGGGCGCGGACGACGCCGAGCGGCGACAGCGCUGGAACCGCCUGUUCGAGGAGCUGGACAGUAACAAGGACGGCCGCGUGGACGUGCACGAGCUGCGCCAAGGACUGGCCCGCCUGGGAGGGGGCGAUCCGGAACGCGGUGCACGACAGGGCAUCUCCCCUGAGGAUGCCGAUGACCCUGAUGGUGGCCUCAGCCUGGAGGAAUUCACCCGCUACCUGCAGGAGCGAGAGCAGCGCCUUCGGCUCAUGUUCCACAGCCUUGACCGAAACCAGGACGGUCAUAUUGAUGUCUCUGAAAUCCAACAGAGUUUCCGAGCUCUGGGAAUUUCCAUCUCACUGGAACAAGCAGAGAAAAUUCUACACAGCAUGGACCGCGACGGCACCAUGACCAUUGACUGGCGGGAAUGGCGCGACCACUUCCUGCUGCACUCGCUGGAGAAUGUGGAGGACGUCAUCUACUUUUGGAAGCACUCCACGGUCCUAGACAUUGGCGAAUCCCUAACAGUGCCAGACGAGUUCUCAGAACAGGAGAAGCUGACAGGCAUGUGGUGGAAGCAGCUGGUGGCUGGCGCCGUGGCAGGCGCUGUGUCACGAACAGGCACAGCUCCUCUGGACCGCCUCAAAGUCUUCAUGCAGGUACAUGCCUCAAGGUCCAACCAGCUCAACAUCCUGGGGGGCCUGCAGAGCAUGAUCAAGGAGGGUGGCAUUCUGUCCCUGUGGCGGGGCAAUGGUAUCAACGUACUCAAGAUUGCUCCUGAGUCAGCUAUCAAGUUCAUGGCAUAUGAGCAGAUCAAGCAGGCCAUCCGAGGGCAGCAGGAGACACUGCACGUGCAGGAGCGCUUCGUGGCUGGCUCCCUGGCCGGGGCCACAGCCCAGACUAUCAUUUACCCCAUGGAGGUCCUGAAGACACGGCUGACCCUGCGCCGGACGGGCCAAUACAAGGGGCUGCUGGACUGCGCACGAUGUAUCCUGGAGCAUGAAGGGCCUCGUGCUUUCUACCGAGGCUAUCUGCCUAACGUGCUGGGCAUCCUCCCCUACGCCGGCAUCGACCUGGCCGUCUAUGAGACCCUGAAGAAUCGGUGGCUUCAGCAGUACAGCCACGAAUCUGCAAACCCAGGGAUCCUUGUGCUCCUGGCCUGCGGCACAGUCUCCAGCACUUGCGGCCAGAUAGCCAGUUACCCGCUGGCGCUGGUCCGCACCCGAAUGCAGGCCCAAGCCUCCCUCCAGGGCAGCCCGCAGCAAUCCAUGAUGGGUCUGUUUCGGCACAUCCUGUCCCAGGAGGGUGUGUCAGGCCUCUACCGGGGCAUUGCCCCCAACUUCAUGAAGGUCAUUCCUGCUGUGAGCAUCUCCUAUGUGGUCUACGAGAACAUGAAGCAAGCCCUGGGGGUCACAUCCAGACUCUAGAUCCCACAAGAAGUAGAUCCAAUGUCCUCUUGCAGGACUGGAUCCUGGAUCCUCAACUCCACCAGCAUUGCUGGGAUGGCCAUGCCCCACGUGUCCAGCAUGGCCACUGAAUUCUGGACACCAUGAAACCUCAGCGGCUGAUGGUACAAUGCCGACAUCCCCAGCUCCCAGAUCCCUUCACCCAAACACCCAUUGCUCGAUCCCUUUACCUAGACACUGGGUGGCAGACACUUAUGCUCUGCCUGCUGGAUCUCAUAUUUCAAGCACCUCCACCUCAGUCACAGAUUCCCGAGUCUGGGAGCAAGAUGUGGGAGGCCAGCAGUGGAUCCUGCAUGCUAUAGCCAUUGGGGACCAGAUUGCUUCACCCCUCAUCACUGAAUUCUUCCAUAGAAAUCAAAUCCAGUUUUCCCAGGCCCUUAAUCCUUGUAUCCCCAAUGCUUGGGCUCCAGUCUAGAUCCCAACAGCCCACUCAGGGCCAUGCCAGAUGCCAUGCUUCCCUGUUCCUGCCCCCACAGCUGAGCCACAUGACGUAGGGAGCUUACAGAAGCACAGAUCCUAGCCUGAUGGCUCCUCAUUGCCCGGCAGUAAGGGAAGGCCUAUGUCUUCCAAGGCCACACCUCGCCUGAGGGCGAAACCGCUCCCCCAUACCAGUCAGGCCUCCCUCCCUAUCCCCCAUUCCACAGUCUUCCUACUCCCUGUCUUCUAGGCUAAAGUCCCCAAAGCCCAAGUCCCCCUUGGAGGGUCCACCUAUUUGUUCUUAGGGGGCUAGCAAAGAGGCCAGGUAAGGCCCCUCCUGGGGAACACAAGAAGGGGACUUUGCGCCCCCCUCCCCAGGCACUGCCAGCCCUACCAGGGCCUCGGAUUCAUAAAGCCAGGACCAAUUCCACAAAGACCACAGGCAUCCUAAGAUGCAAAAACAAAUCCCAAAACUUACUGGGGAGGGUCUAUUUUUCUACCUGACAAAAGAAUGAUGUCCCCACAUUCUCUCAUACCCAUACCUUUGGCACUUUAUUGUUGGAUUGUAAGCUUAAGUUAAAUGGGGAAACCUGCUCUACUCCCCAGUUCUUGGGGAGCCCCACUUAAUAACUGUAAAAGAAGAACUGGGAUGUUGGGGGGGCUGGAGGAUCCCCCCCACAGCUUCCACCUCCCUCUAAUCUACACCACAUCCCACCUCCCUGCCUGUGUGUGUUUCAAGGGGAAAAAAAAGGAAUAAAUUUUCUAAGCUCUUA